AUGUUCGCCGACGAUUUUGUCGUCGAUUACGGUGCUGGCGAUCACGUCGUGGGUCUCGAGAUAAUCACCUCAGAGUCUCGGCGCGCUGGCACGGAAUCGGCGUUGCUCGCGUUCGGUCUGGCCGGCACAGCCAUCGCGGGAUUAAGUUGGCGAUAUAACGAAGUCGUCAACGAGCGGAGCUUCAUCUCGGCCCUGCACCAGCAACUGGAAUGGUUGAUCGAGCAGGCGGAGCUCGAUUUGAAAGUUCUUGUCGAAACGCCUGUCACCAGCUACGGGAGGGUGUUUCACCUGGACCUCGUUGUCUUUGAUGCUGUCGGGAACCCCCUGCUCUGUGUCGAAGUCAAAUAUGGUGGUUCGAAUCCUGAAGCGGUUAAGCAGCAGUCCGACUCGCAAGUUAAAAGUUACCUUGCCACCCAACCGAAUGCUGUUGGCAUCGUAGUAAUUAUCGAUGAGACGGGGAGCGGUUACCCUGAUGGUCUGCCGGAGCCGGAGCGCUGGAUUGAUUGGCCCAACGCAACGGGCUCGAGCGCGCUGAAUCGGGUCUGGGCGCACAUCUCUAUCAUCCCGCCGGCCGACCACACCUAUCCCUGGCUGCCCGAAGGCUUCCUACCCACCCGUGGUGUCGCACCCGUCUGA